AUGGCUAGCUUGGAUACGGUUCUUUUGAGAGUGGUCCUCGUCACCGCCUUAUUCUUAGUCACGGUUGUGCGAUACAAUGGAUUUUCUUUUGCGUAUUUGCUAUUUUUACUCGCAUGUCCACUACUACCACAACCAAGUUCCAGUAACUCGAAAACGAAAAUUCAAGUAUUUCUGACACUGCUUGUAACGUUGAGCUGUGUUUUUACGUUGUCACAUCCCACGUUGCAUAUAAUCUUGGCUGUGGCGCCACCGUACGAUGAUGCGCUCAAGACUUGUGAAGAAUCAACGAUUGCGGCUCAGAUCGGCGUGCAACGACUUAACGGAGUCUUGCCCUACCGCGCAAUGCGCCUGGUUCUUCCGGAUAUCUUUAUUUUGGCCGUUGCGGUUGGACUGCUAGUGUAUGUGAGUCGACGUGGUCAUGGAGGACCAAGGAGACAGGCUUCGGUUGCGAGAAACGUAGCUGCUUCCGGACAAGAUUAUUCCCUUGCACCUAGGGACAUAAGUGAACGCACACUGGCGCCGUACGGCUCACCUCCAGUGGUGGCCAACAACUCAAGUUCCGCCAACCCUCUUUUCGGAAAGCUCACAUCGAGUAUGGCCGCUCUACCAUUUCCUCGUGCAUGGGAUGAAAACAGAAGAAAAUUGUGGCGUGCCUGGGCUGUAGAUAACUUUUGUGUUCUUCUCAGUGUUCUUCUGGUCUGUGUUACGGGGAUAACUUCUCCCUCUGUUCCGUCAGCCAUCUACUUAUUGUCCUUUCUGGGAAUAGGAACCUAUUGGGCGUGCCGAAGUGGGAUGAACCCUGUGCCAUUUGCCUGCUUGCGUAUCUUCUUGCUUGUGUACAGCGGACUGCACGUAUGUCUAUACUACCUCUACCAAUUUCCAUUUUUUCAAUCCAUUUGUCCUGCUAACGGAUUCACUGCAAGGUUACUUGGCUUGUACUAUAUCAUGCAAACCACUUGUGACAAACCGGGAGAGAUUCUUUUCCCAGUUGAUGUCCGUAUAGUGGAUUUCAUCGCGCCGCCGCUCACAAUUUUCCUGUACUACGUACUAGCUUUCGAAACUUGGCGUUGGUUGGAAAGCUCCAAUAAGAGAUCAACACUGUUUCACAACGUCCGAAAUGCCAAUACACCUGUUCGGACAUCACAUGCUGUUGUGGAGGAGACAGGUCACCCUUUGGAAUACGCAAACCUGUUGCCCUUGGACGAAGUGGCUGCUUCUUCAGAGUCAACGAACACCGUAAAAAUCAACACCAAGACACCCUCAGUUUCGUUGGCGAAUGAGACUGCGCAGAUCUCUCCGGACGUCCACACAAUCGAAAGUACCAAUGCUGCGCCUUCCCCCAGUCCUCAGUCUCCUCAUAGCGAUGUCGACAGAAUCCUCAUCAAUAACAACUCCACUGCAAUCGACCGAACACCAGACGACAUCGCUUUACCAGACCUCGGUCAAUCACAUUGCGCAAAUCCGCCAGUCCCGGAAACGCCAGCUCAUAACUUACAACCUGAACCAGAUUCGAACACUCGCAAGUUUCCUCGUUUUCACGCCAAACUAACGGACCGAGUUACCGAUCGAAUCCAGCCACAUUUGGACGUACUUUUCAGCCUCACGCCACCGUUUGUUCUGAAUCCUUACGGAAUGGGCAUAGAUGGGGGUAACAACAACAUGAGAGCAGAACGUCCUCUACUUCUCAGUUUGCACUUCUCAGCAAUUCGACAUAGUUACAUUGUUACGUUGAUAGCUAUGAUGGCUUGGGCUGUAACCUACCGAAGUUGGUUGUCCUUCAUUCUCCUUCUCUCUGCGUGCAUCAUGUGGAUCAGUCCAAACUCGAGGGCAGCGUGUCUCUAUGCCAGUCCAGUGAUUGUCUUGUACGCAAUCGUACUCAUUCUCAUUCAAUAUGUCUACGGUUUGAAUCUGACAACCGCUGAACUUCCGCAACAGGUCACUCCAGAUGGCUUGGAAAUGGAAGAACUGGGUAUGAAAAAGUGGGAGAAUUCGGUCGGUGCCUUGGGCUUGCAGAUAACUUUCUUGGUUUUCUUCUGGCUGACUCUCCGUCUAUUCGUGAACGAGCGCUCAUAUCGUCGUUACACCACACGUUCUCCCACUGGAUACCCGUCCGUGGGACAUCUUAUUGGGCGUGGCACCUCGAUUUGGGGCCGGCACUUGGCAACCAGUGUUGGGUCCUGGUUUGGAUCAACCUUCGCGUUCGGUACUGUGGACAACACGGCAUACCGGAGAUUUACCGAACUACUUCGUGCUCUUUGCGUCAAAUAUUGGAUUGUUGUUUGUUGCCUGAGUAUGCUGUUGAUUUCCAUCCAACAACCGGUCGUCAUCUUCCGAAUAUUUUACAUGGUCAUGUUGAUCUACUUCAUGUUUUUCUUUCAGGUUAGCUACGGUUUCUGGCGUCGGCAAAUGAUCUUCUUCUGGUGGAUCAACGUUGUCUAUUCCAUGGCCAUUUUGCUCUGUAUCUACACCUACCAGUUCAGGAAUUCACCAGAGUUUUGGCAGAGAACCACAGGAUUAUCAGAAGAGGUUUUGAAGGACAUUGGAUUGGAAACGUUCGAUAGCGCAGCGCUGUUCGCUCGGUUACUGACUCCAGUGCUGUUCUUGGUUGUCAUAAUACUUCAAGUUCACUACUUUCACGAGCCAUUUUUGAAACGCUCUGCUUUGGAUCGCUUCAACCGGCUGUAUGAACUUCGUGACCUGGCCUCCACUACACCUCAGCAGUCCGCAGACCACGCUGCAACGCUCUCACCAUCCACCACGAGCAGCUUGUCCAAUUUUAUUGAAGAUGUCAAUUCGGCUUUUCACACUAUCGUCACGAAGUUAAUUGCCUGGGCAACCAGCCUAACGAAUUGUUGCUGGCGGUUUAUGGAAGUGCACUGGAUCAAGGUUGUCGCUUUGUUAAUCUUACUGAACGCCGUGAAUGAAGUCGUUGCCCCAAACAUAAUCACUCUUGUGCUGCUAGUGAUUUGCUUCCCAUUCCCCUACUUGCAUGGGUUUCUCGCCACGAUUGUCUUCGUGUGGACUGGACUGCUUACGCUGUGCAAAAUGUGCUUUCAGCUGAAUUUUGUGCAGCUCAACGUUACCGUCGUGUGUGCUGAUUCCAAUAAGACCACACAUUUGGAAAAUGCCUCCUGGGCCGGGUUAAUAAAAGUUCAGAACUUCAACCAUUACAUCUUGCCUAUGGGCGCAUUGAUGUUCGUUUGUGUUUUUUGGCACGCCAUCUCUUAUCGUCAGAAGCAGUUCUACAACAGCCCGCAUAAUCUGCGUCCUCACGAAGGCGUAGUUUUUCCCGAUGUCACUAUAGCAUCACUGGAUAACGAUCUUCGCAAUGUCGUGAAGUUUGCCAUCAAUUACGGCUUCUACAAGUUCGGCCUCGAGCUCUGCUUCUGCGUGACUGUGGUCACAGCCUGUCUCCGUGCGGAUGCUUUCAGUGUGCUAUAUCUACUCCUGAUGCUAUUCUUUCUGUUCACCCCACGCCAAGUUUGUGGCAAACUUUGGUUACCAUAUAUGAUUUUCCUCGCCGCACUCAUUCCGGUUCAAUACGCAGGAUGUGUUGGGUUUCCUCCAGGAAUCUGUUGGAGUUAUCCGUGGCUGACUGACUCUGUUGACAUAAACAAUCUUCUCCAAUGGUUGUUUGUUCCGGGUCAGUACGGGUCCCCCACUGCAAAAAAGCUUACUGCGGAUUUCUUCCAAUUUGUCGCUGUGGCUCUGCAGUACCAGGUUUUCAAAAUCGAGAAACGCUUCAGUGUGAAGGAGUAUGGUGGUGGUUCCAACAAACCGGUGCUCAUUAACAACGUCCCAGCUAAAGAUGAACGGGAUUUCGUGAGUGCGAAAGAAUCUUAUCUGGAUUAUCUGCGUCAUCUAAUCUUUUAUUGGUCCUACUGGGUGAGCCUUGCCAUUGUCCUCGCGACGGGCGUCACUUGGAUCACACUGUUCUGUUUGGGCUACAUGAUACUAAGUUUUAUCUACCUAUGGAUGGGCCAGAAUGUGAUGCUGCGCAAACGAAGCAGCCUGAUCAAGUCCUGGAACGUUAUUAUCGGCUACAAUUUUUGUGUGAUUUUGGCCAAGUGUAGCCUACAAGUCGUUGGUUGCGUGUACUGGGCUCGCAUGUCUCAUCAGUGUUGGUUCAUACAGCUCUUCGGUGUCCAGUGUAUGGAUCCCAUGUCUUGGUCACGAUUCGAGCCGCCGGUUUAUGACAAGCAGUGCGAAACAGUAUCCAGUGGACUGCAUUGGGAUGUGAUCUGCUUCAUUUUUAUCCUGUUCCAACGCAAAGUCUUCAUGACACAAAGCUUCAGUCACGUCGUAUUCGAUCUUAACGUUCAGAGUCAAUUCGCUUCUCGUGGUGCAUACCUUAUCAACCGGAAGCUCAUGACAGACAUUAGUGAGCAACUUGCAAGAGAGGAGUUAUCGCUGGCGAAGAUUCGGGAAAAACUGGCAGUUAUCCAGAGACGACAGGCUGUCCUUGGACGAAAUACAGAUAACAUUACGGAACAUUAUAUAAUGAUUCGAUCCGGCGAUUAUUACCUGUUUGAGGGAGAUCCUGAAGAGGACGAUGAAAUGCCCCGUUCAGCACCGGCAAAAGCAGGGAAGAAAAGAAAACCACCACCCAAGACACAAGGUUCUGCUCCGGGGUCUUCUCAGGCUACUUCGAAAGCACCCUUGUUUGUGGAUAACCCUAGUCAGUCUGGUCCCGCAAGUUGCGUCCACGGUACAUCAACAUUCCACGGCAUACCAGAAGUCGCCACUAGUCCCGUUCAUUCAGAUGGCACUGUGUUGGAUAGUUUGUCGUUUUCCGCUAUGCAUCCUCUGGGUCCGCACCAACAGCAGUUGUUUGGGGCUUUACCAAAUGUCGAGCCAUCGGCAAUGGAAGUAUUGACUAACUACACGGACCCUUACAGUGAAACCAGCCCAUGGAAUCCGAAUGUUUUGCCUCAGAACCUAAGUCGUCAAGUCUCCGGGACGUCUUACGCCGCCGGGCGUGCUGUUGGCCACAGACGGCUGCGUUCUCAUCCCGAAUACAUGCACAAGCAGUCAGGCCUCCCAGGGAUUUCACAUUUAACUGUCGAUCCAAAUGCUAUCCGACCCGCACCUGCUCAACAUAUUGAACAACCGGCUACUCAGCUUAUGCGCACUGUACGAACAUCGCCUAUGCGCCUCUUCGAUCAGGUUCGUGACGGAACACCAAGCAAACGACCUGAGACUACGCGAAGGACACCGAAGACUUCUGUUGACUCCGCUGCGCGACGUAAGCCACAUCAAACCCACAGACGAAUUGUAUCAGCUUCGGCUGCGGUUGCUCCCGUCACAAGCCGAACAAGUCAUUCGGCCCGACCGGAAGACCUUUUGAGUCCGUCACGUUCUGAAAGGCCCCCGAUUGGUUUACAGUCCAGAGCACUGCCACUGUUAAAUCGCCUUCAUGGACCAGUUUCCUAUGAGUCUGGCCUCAAGCCGCGUACCUGUUCAAGAAGACCCGAGCGAAAAUUUUCCUUCCAGUCGGGCAACGAACACGGUACUUACGAUACUUCUGGCAGACUGGAUUCAGCGCCUGCUCUUUUGGGACCAGGACACACUCGUUUCGACGAUCGUACACUGGUCCAAGCAUCCAGUAUUGAAAGUGAUUCUAACGACAGCGAUUCUGGGAGUUUGCACAAAAACUUCGAUGAAGACGACCGUGGAGAGGAUGCAGACUGGGAUAGUUGUGAAGACGAGGGUGAAGAUGAAGAGGAUGAUGAUGCCAACCCAGGUGCAUCAUCUGGCUCGCGUCUGAAUCCAUUAGAGUUGUUAAAUCGAGCAAUGGAAUUUGGAGCAUGCUCAGUGGUCCGACAUUACCGGCGUUCAUUUCUAAAUCAGCAGCCGAUUACACGAAGUCGGGAUCAGACUGAUAAUGGCUCCACUGGUGAUAUUCCUGCCGCUCUUUGUCCAUUGGAUGAAGCUCAGUUUCUCCAGGGUGACAUUCCAAAGCUAGCUUCUACCAACCAGUCGAGACCUGUUUCUUUGCAGCACUUCAACCAGCCCAGCUACCUUGCACUACCAGACGGCAGAUUACGACCCCAUAGAUCAGAGCCUGUCAAUACGACUCAAGGUGAACAGCAGAGCGGAGUGGCUACAUCAAACCAAAGUAAUCGUGGGUGGCUGUCACGCAGGUUAAAAACCCGCCCCCAGUUGAGCUCGCUCGCUUCAGUUGAUGACGAAGAUGACAAUUCUGAGUCGAUAUUUCAUUUUGGUAUGGGGUUGGCUAGCUCUUCGGAGGAUGUCACAGCCAAUCAAUCCCUUCUUCCCAAGCCGAGCACCAAGGAACCUAUUCAGAAGGUUACUGCUCCUAGUUCUAGUUCCGCACAACCAACUAGUUCGCGCCAGCGUCGCUUCAGACUACCGAAGGGGCGAGUCGAAGUUGGGUCGCCAAAGUCGUUGAAAAUUUCCGAAGCUCCCGAAGCGUUAGAUGUCAACGCAGAUAGUGUGAUCAAAUAUGGUCCAGUUCGAUGGGCACAACAAAGACGUGGUGCUGGUAAACCUGCUGUGCUUUCCUUCACGCGAUCCUCUUCGAGGAGUUUGGAUAAUAUUCAUAGUGAAGAUCAACUGGUGGACGACUCAAAUACGCCUAUUGCGCAACAGCGAGAGGAAGGUUGCUGGAGCAAAUUCAAAGCGUCUUGUCUGGUCACCUAUUUGUUCCUACUGAGUUCGGUCGAUAGCCUCAUCUACCUUUUGAACGGCCUUACCAAGCAUUACCGAAACAUCCGACGCAGGAUAGAGCGUGAGAAACGAUGUGUCAAGUUGAACGUUAUCAACAAUACACAACACCCGGAACAAUCACCUUUGCAUGACUUUCUACGAAGUUUGCGGCAGGAGCUUCAAGUGAAUGGGAGUUUCGAUACCCAGUGCUGCGUUCCUAUUUCAACUGGCCUGUCAAAAUGUUUUGCGAGACGUUUAAGAAUGCCGCAAGCUACAGCCGAAUACCAUGAUCUGCAUUUUAACGAACGCCUAGAUCAUGUACUGGUCGACGCCUUUACUCGUGAAGCUGUACCGAUCGACAGAACAGCUGGCCAACCCACCUCGAUUUCUGUCACGAUAAACCGUUCGCUAAUGCACAAGCGUCGUUCUGAUUCGAUUGUUCGAUCUAUCACGGAAGAUCAAAUUUAUCCCUUGGAUAUUGAAGUGGCCGUAUUCAAUGUCGUUUCCAAAUCACCGGAGCACGUUUCAGGUGGUGUUCCAUUCCUCGAUCCUCAAAUCUCCGAUCGCUGCCGUGCCGCUUUAGGCCCAGGCCAGUCUAUUGAACAUCUGGACGCCCUAGAUCGCCAUCAACAACGUGAGAAGGCAUUCCGACAAUCCCGUUCACGUCCAUUCCUCCUGCUGAUUGCACUUGGCAAUAUGGCAAUUGUCUACUCUGAAUGGUUCUGUUAUUUAUUACUGGUAGUAAAUCAUAUGCGCAGUUCCAAUAUUCUAUCGUUGGUUUACCCUCUUGUGGUGUUUCUCUGGGGCAUGCUUUCCGUACCAAGACCCACGAAAACAUUUUGGAUCUUUCUUAUCACCUACACUGAAGUCGUCAUUGUAAUAAAAUACAUAUUUCAGUUCCGCUUUAUAACUUUCAACGACCCAUCGCUAAAGCCUGCGGAUUCGGCUGAAGCCCUAUGGAUCCCGCGGUUGCUUGGUGUGGAAAAAAGCGGCCACUAUGCCAUAUUCGACCUCGUCCAAUUAAUCAGUCUUUUCCUUCAUCGUGGUUUUUUGAAAAAUGACGGAUUAUGGAGAGAUCAUACGGAAUUCGUACAAGAUUUACAACUCGUUGCUGAACGGAACAAAGUGGCUGAGAGAGUGCAGAACGGUGAACGAGUUGGUCCUGAUUUCCUCCGAUUACUUUCAACCGAAUCUGCAGCAAGUCAGAUGACCGAACGUCACAAUGUGGACGCUGUCACUUCCGGUCGGCUUACUGUCUCUCGACGCGACACACUCCAUACGUGGAAUCCGUUUGCCAAGCUGCGUCGUUUCUAUCACAAAAUGACUGAUCCGCAGUUCAACAAGAAGGUUGAUGUAUAUAUCUAUAUGUUCCUGUGCGAAUUCAUCUCGUUCUGGAUAAUAAUGUUUGGCUACGUUUCUUUCGGUCCCAGUACUGGCAUGGGAGAUAAUGCAUUCGAGUUUAUCAGGUCCAACCGGGUACCUUUUCCAUUCGUAUGUAUGCUGUUAGUCCAGUUCAUCUUCAUUAUCGUCGACCGGGGACUGUUCCUUCGCAAACAAGUUUUGGGAAAGUUCAUCUUCCAGAUCCUUCACGUUCUGCUCAUUCACGGUUGGCUAUUCUUUAUCCUGCCUCAGAUUACAAAAUCACCGUUCACGGCAGGCUUCGCACCACAGUUGUUGUACCUCAUCAAGUGUGUCUACUUCUCACUGUCCGCCUAUCAGAUCCGUAGUGGUUAUCCGCUCCGGAUUUUGGGGAACUUUUUGACAAAGAAGUACAACUAUAUCAACCUUAUUCUGUUCAAAGGCUACCUGAUCAUACCGUUCCUCUACGAAUUGAGGAAUAUUAUGGAUUGGAUGUGGACCAACAGCACGCUCUCGCUAUACCACUGGAUGGAACUGGAGGAUGUCUAUGCAAAGAUAUUUGUACAUAAAUGUUGGCGCCGGUCCGAAAUCGCUUAUCCCACACCCCGGGGUGUCAAUCGACCAGCUGGGAAAAAAGCCCUUGUCGGCGGACUGAUACUAGCCUUCUUCUUCGCCUGUUUAUGGAUCCCCUUGGCUCUGUCUUCAUUCAUCGGUGCCACUUUUGUCUUUAACCCACCGGUUUUGUGCACGUUCAGUUUAUCCAUUGGAGGAUUUCCUCAGUGGAAAGCUGUUGUAAGUAUGCACGCUCCCGAAUACAUUACUAUAGCCAGUAAACAACAGAAGUGCAGUAAUGGUAGAAUAAUAUCCAACGGUAAAGUGAUGAAUGAACUGAUGUUGGGUUGUCUUGCUAAGGAGGUUGUUUUUAUACUGUGUCAUGGCUUCGGGAAACGUUUACGUCACAUAGACCUCAAAACAAUAACGUAUUCGUUUGAUGUCAUGUUACCGAUUAGUGACAAUUUCUGUUUUAUUCCCGUCCAGCCUGUUUUCGAGUUCACUUCACGUGAAGGGAACAUCCUCAAGAUCCGGCAACAAGACUUGGACAGUUUUACCCGAUGUCAUGAAAAGGAUUUGCUUGAAGGAAAGCUAAACGUAAAAGAAACUACUCACAAGGUUGCUGAAAACUCUUCGACAGCCCACGACCGGUUUCGCCCUUCUUGGGGCUCAUCAGCUAGGCGCAGUCCCCGACAAACUGUUGGAUUUUUGAACAACUUUGAGGUGGACGAUUUGCGGUACAUCACGAUCGAUGGGUUCUCUGGGAAUAUUUGGGCAAUCACUCCACCUUCAUACGACACGCUCGUUAAGAAAUUAUCGGACGCAUCUUCGGACUUGCUUUUGCACUCGCACAUGCAGUGUCGUCGAAAAACAAAGGAAAUUCAAACGAGUCAGAUUUCAGUUGAGGACAUUUACAGCCGGAAACUUCAACCCUUGGAAAAGAUCGAAUUAUACGGUGUGCUGAACACCACCGCAGUGGGUUCAGCAUCCAACAACACUCAGGUAAAACCAUCGUCGCGCGUACUUAGUUCAUCUCCGGUGACGUUGAACGCAGUUAUGCCACGUUAUCUGGUACUUAAACGCGACCGUCUUCGUCCUGCAUAUGCCACGCUGGGCUUGGAAAACACGUAUAUAAAUGUCAGCUUUGUCAUACAUCGAGAUCCGGCGAAGAAUCAGUCGUGGUGGGAACUUAAAGAGCGCGCAAUCACUUCAUCCGAUGCCUGUUUUGAAAAGCUCCGGUUUCCUACCUUGGGUGAUUCCUGGGCGGAUGCCCUCUCCAUAAUGACCUUCAACGAACGUGUCUCGGAUAGUCUUUUUGGAAAAUGGUUCUUCACUUACGGCAUACUUGGUAUGUACGGUGCUUACUUAUUCUUGGUCAAUCGUCUGUUCAGGACAGUGUACACAAAUAUAUCCUAUGUUAUUCGAUUGGAGGAGCUGCCCCACGUGGACCGAAUCUUGAAUUUGUGUAACGAAAUCUAUCUUGUACGGGAAAACAAACUGUUACGAUUAGAAGAGCAACUAGUAGCCAAAUUGUUUUUCCUCUAUCGGUCCUCCGAGACCAUGAUCAAAUGGACCAGACACCCGAAACGAAUCAUUGACCAGUUCACUGACAGAUCAGGUGGAGGCUAUCAAUUCCCACCGAGCCAGCCACAUCCGAGUUUGCCUGAACUCAGAAGUCCGCCUACACUUGAACUACGUGGUCGAACGAGUUCGGUGCAGCAUACAGAACCGAUUUCCUCGCAACCAAUUGUACCGGCGGAAGUGGUAACAACUGCUAGCCGCGCUAGAUGGGGCUCACAAGACGAUCAAGAGUCUGUCGUUCGUAUUAGAAACAUGGCGGGGGAGAAUUCAAGAACGCAGCAGUAGUUUACUCAUCAGUUAUGCACGGACAUUUUUCAUUUUCAUCGGAAUUCAUUUUCUUAUCACCCUCUUCGCCUGCUCAGGCUCAUUCACGCCUAUUUUCUCUCAGUCCUAAUUUUAUAGGAUCACAUUCCGGCCUAUCCACCAAUCAGUUUGUCUAUCUGGCUUAUCUCGUGCUUUUCGUUGUACAUACACAUUUUUUCCUGAAAUUCCUUUGCAUGUGAUUCUGCAACUCAAGCAAAUCUAGUCUUUGUCGACUUUGUAUGAUUCUAUUUUUUCUCUUCACGACUGAUUGCAGGUUUUCGCAGUCCGCAGCCUGUUUGCAAUCCUGAUUGUUUUUGUUGUCCCUACAUUCCCACUCCACCCCUCCUGUCUCUUGAUUGACCCUCGUUUUUCGUAUUAUUUUCCGUUAAUUUUAAGUGUGCUCACAGUGGACUUUACAUCUAGCAUCGAUUUGUUGCGUCUUUCACGUUUUUUCCAGUCCUCUCGGACAACACGGUUUUCUUUCAUUCACAGAACGCUGUUCCUUCCGUGUUUGGCGCAGUUGGUCACACCUCUAUGUAGAUCCACCCACCACGAGGCCAUUCAAAUUCUCCAUCGAAAGACGUGUUUGUAAAUAUAUGUGUGUGCACU